AUGAAAGGAAAACACUUCAUCUUUAGUUUCGUACGCAUCAUCAUAAUCAUACCACACAAUAUAAUUAUAUUGCAUCACUAUUAUCGUUUAUCUGAUAAUAUUAAAAGUAGGAAAUUUUCACUAUCAACUUCAAACCAUUGCAUUGCGCAUUCUUUAAUUUUAAAAUGUGAAAUACCAUCACGAGCAAGUACCAGUUCUACUUCUAACCCCUAUCCUAAAAAUAAUCCCUCUACCUAUCCUUCCUUAAACUCUCCUCCAUCUAAAUAUAAUACUUACCCUUAUCCUGCUUCGCCAUACUCACCAAACUAUAAGUCUACAUAUCCCCCAUAUCCUAUUAAAGAUUUGACUACUUCUUCUACUACCUCUAAAUCCUCUACUACCUCUUUUAAUCCUACUACCUCCACUUCUUCUACAAUUUCUACUACUUCUACUUCUACCUCUUCUACUACCUCUUUCUCUCGUUCUACUUCUGAUGCUUCUACUAAUACUAAUCCUGAGUCCUCAUCUUCAUUUGAUCAUAAUUCAAAUAAAAAUACACCAUCUGAUUCACAUGAUUCCAUUAACUCUCUUUCUUCUGAGAAUAGUGAUAAUUCACAAUCACCUGCACACUAUAUCCCUCAACCAUCAUCACAAACACAAACACAAACACAAACACCAGUACAAUAUACUCCACAACCAUCACAAAUUCAAACACAAAACACUCCACAACCAUCGCAAAUCCAAACACAAAACAAUCCACAACCAACUCAAAAUCAACAACGUACACCACAACCAAGUGUAACACCAUCACAAUAUACUCCACAACCAUCACAAACCCAAACACAAAACACUCCACAACCAACUGAAAACCAACGUACUCCACAACCAUCACAAAUCCAAACACAAAACACUCCACAGCCCUCACAAAAACAAUAUCAAACAACAUCUCAACCAUCGCAAACUCAAAUACAAAAUACACCACGCCCACAAACACCAUCACAAAACCCAAGUCAAUCAUCACAAUCAAGCAAUCACAAAGAAAUACAAGAAUCUGAUAUUUUACAUUCAUCUGAUAUUCAAUACCCAUCACAACCACAAAAAAUAGUGAAACAUCAGAAUACAUACAAUCCAAAUUCGACACCAAUUCCUGCUCCUCAAACCAAAAGCAAUAAUCCAUCAACACCCACUCCAAUUGAUAAAGUCAAAAACAAUGCUCCUCCUUCCAAUAUUCCUACUGCCUAUCCUUCCCCUCCUUCUACCCCCUAUCCUGCUCCUCCUUUCCAAAAUACCAAUUACAAAUAUAAUCCUAACACUGAAUUUUCCUCUUUUGACAAACAACAGUCUUUAGAUAAUCCAUAUAAUAUGUAUUCCAAUGACUUGGGUAAAUAUCACCAGCGACUGCUUAGAUUUAAAUCUAAACAUAACAACUUUUUGAAAAUGAUAAAACAACAACCACAAACUAACUGGAUGCAAACCGAAGCGUGCAAGAAAGCAUCUUUUAUAACUAUCCCACUAGGUACUGCCGGUGGACUCGACGAAAGUAAUUUAUCCUCAUUUUUAUUGACCAAGAAGGGUUCCAACGUCUUCAUCGCACUCGACGCUGGCACUCUCUGGACUGGCAUUGCAAGAUUCAUCAGCAACAGAAACUACAACAAUCUCAUUAAUAUUACAUUCCCUGUGUGGGCCACCCAGAUCGACCAGCAAGUAGCAUGGUUCAUUAGAAACCACAUCCUCGGAUACUUUAUCGGCCAUUCACAUCUCGAUCAUAUCAACGGAUUAAUCGAAGCUAGUCCAGAAGAUUACUUGCCACCAUCGGCACUUGAUAUGCAGCCACCCAUUGAAGGUGGUCUGUUAGGUAUGGUAAAAGCAAUUCUAGAUCCAACCAUCUCAAUUGGAGGUAGCCCAAAUGUACUCAAAAAGAAAGCAAUCGUAGGAUUACCUUUUACGGUGAAUGCUAUAAAAACGCAUCUUUUUAAUAAUAUUAUUUGGCCAAAUUUACCAGGUUAUGGUAGAUAUGAUUACUAUACAUUGGAUAUUGCACAAAACUACGAUUUGUCUCAGUUGGUUUUCCUUAAUGAAACACAGAAACAGGCUCUUAAUGGAUUUUUCCCAACAACCAUGGAAAUGAUGCCAUUCGAGACAUGUCACAACGAUAUUCUUUCAACUUCAUUCCUCUUCACCGACAAGACAACUGGUGAACAAAUUAUAUUUUUCUCUGAUACUGGUGUACCAAGUGGAAAUUAUAAUUGUGAUUGGCAACAAAGAAUUUAUAAUGUAUGGAGAAAAGUAAAAAUUGAUAAAUUGAAAGCAAUAUACUUGGAGUGUUCCUUCCCAAACAAUGCUACUGAUGCCAGUUUGUUUGGUCAUUUACGUCCAAAGGAUAUUCAACCAAUGCUCCAUUCACUCAUCGAUAUGUCUGUACAAACCAUCCCAAAAACCAACAACCUCAAUCAUGAUAAUUUCCAAUUUAAAUAA